AUACCAAAUGACAACUAUUCUCUGAACCUUGGGUUUUACGUCAUAACCAGCUGAUGACAGAUUGAAAAGUGUUCGCAGUUUAAUACACACAAUAUUAGUGGUAACAUGCCUGAAAGGCAGUAUAAUACGGCCGAGGGGGCUAAAACAUUCAAACAGAGAAAGAGUUUUUCCAUUCGUAAAGAAGAAGUUAUUGGUAUUAGAUCAAAGUUUCCAACUAAAGUUCCUGUUAUUGUUGAAAGAUAUCAUAAAGAGCAGCAGUUACCAUUAUUAGAUAAAACAAAGUUCUUAGUACCACAAGAGCUAACCAUGUCACAGUUUGCUUCUAUAAUAAGAAAUAGAAUGUCACUGAAUGCCAAUCAAGCAUUUUAUCUUAUUAUCAACAACAAGAGUAUUUCCAGCAUGUCAAUGACUUUGGCAGAAGUAUACAGAGAUGAUAGAGAUGAAGAUGGAUUUUUAUAUAUGACUUAUGCAUCACAAGAAAUGUUUGGAAAUUGUUGAAAUGAUGACAUUAAUGUAUUUUUUCAAUUAAAUGAUAAAAAGGUGGCAUGCACCUGGUUCUAUUCUAUUUUGAUCUGAAAUUUAAUAUAUUGUGAAUAUUUCUCAUCAUGAAAUAAUAAUAAUUCAUGUUAAUUGUCAUGGAUUUAUUGUAUUACUGUUUAUCAUUAUGUAUAUCUAUAUUUGAAUGCAUAGUAUUCCCUUAUGGGAAAGAUGGCAUACAUGAAAUGAACAAAAUAAUAACAAAAAAGUACAUAAAACAUAAGGGUAAUACAACUUACAAGUACAAUGCAUAAUAUACCAGUACAUGUUUAAUUAGCUGGGGCAUUUUUUUUCUGAUUUUGGUAAGGCAUAAACAAUGCAUAUCUAACAAUUAGGUUUGAUUAUAGAUAUAUUUAGGGUCUUGUUUCGAUAUUUAUCAUAAUCAACAGAUAAUUAAGACACCAGAAUUGAAAAUCUACAACUCAAAUACUUAAAAUAAAUAUUUUGAAGACAAGAAAACAAACAUUGCUGUAAGAGGUUGUGUGACACAUUUUUUCAUCACAACAGUUCAGUCAUCUGUUGUACAUAUGAACAUUUUCUCCUAUGAAACCACUUCCCAAGUUGGAGCCUAACUAGGUUAAGAUCAUUGAUUCUACCAAUCCUCUUGACAACCAGCCAGUGUUACUACUGCUUCUAAAACUAACAAAGAAAAAACAUUUGUGCAACUAGAAUGUUAGUCAAUGAUAUUUUGUAUCAUCCCUUUAGAUCUAUAUCCUUGACCUCCAUCAAACUUAGCUAUCAACUUUGCUGAAAAUAGAACAUUUUAUCCAUAUCAAAAAAAUAUAUAAAAAGUCACUGGUUAUAAGGAUAGAAUAAAUUUCAACCUCCCAUUUUAAAUAAUGGUUUGAUAACUACAGCUAUUUGACAUGACCUUUUCCAUGACAAAUGAAAAAUAGGAGUUGACUGAACCUAACUGAGUACUGUCAUGUUUUAGCAAUAUUUUUGUCGAGCCUUCGACUUUAGUCGAAAAAGCGAGACUAAGCGAUCCUACAUUCCGUCGGCGGCGGCGGCAUCCACAAAUAUUCACUCUGUGGUUAAAGUUUUUGAAAUUUUAAUAACUUUCUUAAACUAUACUGGAUUUCUACCAAACUUGGACAGAAGCUUGUUUAUGAUCAUAAGAUAAUAUCCAGAAGUUAAUUUUGUAAAAAUAAAAUUCCAUUUUUUCCGUAUUUUACUUAUAAAUGGACUUAGUUUUUUCUGCGGGUAAACAUAACAUUCACUCUGUGGUUAAAGUUUUUAGAAUUUGAAUAACUUUCUUAAACUAUCCUGGGUUUGCACCAAACUUGGACAGAAGCUUAUUUAUGAUCAUAAGAUAGUAUCCAAAAGUAAAUUUGGUAAAAAAAUAAAUCCAUUUUUUCCGUAUUUUACUUAUAAAUGGACUUAGUUUUUUCUGCGGGGAAACAUUACAUUCACUCUGUGGUUAAAUUUUUUAAAAUUUUAAUAACUUUCUUAAACUAUCCUUGGUUUGCACCAAACUUGGACAGAAGCUUAUUUAUGAUCAUAAGAUAGUAUCCAGAAAUAAAUUUUGUUAAAAGAUAACUCCAUUUUUUCUGUAUUUUACUUUUAAAUGGACUUAGAUUUUCUUCCAGUUAACAUAAUAAUUACAUACAGUCUACAGUUAAAGUUUUCAAAACAUUUAUUAGAUUCAUCAACAAUCCUAGAUUUUUACCAAACUUGGACAGAGGCUUCUUACAAUCAUAAGAUAGUCAUAUAGUAUCAAGAGGAAUAUUUUUAUUGAUUUUUUUCCUCAUUUUUGUUGAGCCUGCGAUUUACAGCAAAAGUAGGCGAGACACUGGGUUCCGUGGAACCCUUACAAAUUUUUAUAUAUUGGAAUUAUCUUCCCAUGUUGUCAAGAUACGAAAUUUGGAGAGUGAUACUCUUCUAUGGGCCUCCAUUUAAGACUUGAAUCAUUGACUGAUUUUAUUCAGAAAUAUAUUUGUAACUGUUAGCAACUGUACAUGUUCUGUCUUUCAUUCAUUCAGGGAAUGGUUAAAGUGCAAUUAUUAGUGGAGUUGUAUAUAAUUCAUCUUUACAUAUAUAAUUAAAAUAUUUUUUAAAAUUG